AAACUCCUUGGUGAAGAUGGGCAUGACCAGCGACCCCAUAGUCAGACUCUUGGGGCAGAUGGACACGAUCAGCAACCCCAUGGCAAGGUUAUUCUCGGAGCAGAUGGGCAUGAUCAGCAAUCACACGGGCAGGAAGAAGAUGGAGGGAGUCCUCGUGAACUGAGCCACACUCACAUGUUCAAAAGCUUCAUGAAGAAACACAACAGAUCUUAUGACAGCCAGCAUGAAUUUAAGAAGAGGUUCAGCAUCUUCCGUCACAAUAUGAAGAAGGUCCACAUUCUUCAGCAGAGUGAAAGGGGAACAGCCAAGUACGGACCCACCAAAUUUGCUGAUCUUACUGAACACGAAUUCCGCCAGAUGCUAGGCCUGCGACCUGACCUCAGGCCAACUCUUUCCCAGAUGGAACCUGCUGAGAUCCCAAGUGGAGAUAUUCCUUCUGAAUUUGACUGGAGAGAUCAUGGUGUUGUUACCCCAGUGAAGAACCAGGGAAUGUGUGGAUCAUGCUGGGCCUUCUCAGUGACUGGUAAUGUAGAAGGACAGUGGGCUUUGAAGCACAAGCAUCUGUAUUCUCUCUCUGAACAAGAACUUGUUGACUGUGAUAAAACUGACGAAGGAUGCAACGGAGGCAUGCCUGAAAAUGCUUACGAGGCCAUUGCAGAGCUUGGUGGCUUAGAGACUGAGAACGAUUACCCUUAUGAAGCUAAGGACGAUAAGUGUCACUUCAAUAAGAAUAAGGUGAAGGUUACUGUCAAUGGAUCAGUGGAACUUCCCCAGAAUGAGGAUGACUUGGCAAGGUGGCUGGUCACACAUGGCCCCAUCUCUAUCGGAAUCAAUGCCAAUGCUUUGCAGUUCUACGUUGGUGGAGUCUCCCAUCCCUUGAAGUUCCUGUGCAACCCCAAGAGCUUGGACCAUGGCAUGCUGAUUGUUGGAUAUGGUGUACACACCUAUCCUGUUUUCAAGAAGACUCUUCCAUUCUGGAUUGUAAAGAAUUCCUGGGGAGAGGAAUGGGGUGAACAGGGAUAUUACCGCGUGUAUCGAGGAGAUGGCACAUGCGGAGUGAACCAGAUGGCCACAAGCGCCAUUGUUCCUUAGGUGGUGCGAUCUCAGCGAAGAAGAAUUUUAGUGUGACCAACUCUGAUAUAUCUUAGAGCUUUUGUAGGUAUUAGUGGCUUCCAUCACUAAGGUUGUGGUAUUAACUUCUCUAAAAGCUUGACCAUUAUGUUGUGCUGAGAGAUCUUGAUUUUCACACGUCAAAUUUUCACUCUGCACUAACUAGGUUUUGAAGGUAAUGCUAGAUCAAGGUUUUCUUUUAUGUUUUAUGUUUGUUAGAUUGAAAACAAAGAUGAUUCUCUGUAUUUCAGUUUUUAUAUGCUGCUUAAAAGAAUGAAUAUUUCAUUAUUUUGUUUUUGUUAUUAUAAUACAUUUUAGUGUGUCCCGAAGAGCAGCAGAAAAGAAUACAAUAUAUGAUAAGAUGAUACUACUUAAGAGCUGUAGUCACAAAGUUUCAGAGUAAAUUUUAAUAGGUAAUGAGUGUCUCCUCUAUAGUUAUUGUGUACUAUUUUUUUCAGAAAAAUAUGAACAAAUAUAUAUGGAUUAUGACAGGUAGCGAGAAGAAAAUUCAUGAUAGAGCAGGAUGAUAUAUAAGCUAUAGUGUAGUUUGAUAUUUUUUUAGUAAUUAUAUAUAUUUUUUAUAUAUACAGUGAUUAUAUAACAUGCUUAUACUUAGUGAUGGUAAUUACCUGUUUUAUUCAUUAUCAGUCUAUAUCUUUGUAUAUUUAAUUAUGAUUGGAAAAUGCUGAGAUCUGUAAACCAGUUUUUGUGGGAAAUGCCUCCUGUAGUAGCUUUUGCCCUGCAUUGCUAUGAGCUUCUCAGUUCCUUGAAUAUUAUAUGAUGUUUUAUAUACUCAUUAGAAAAGAUUGUAGCUAGGAAAAGCAUCCUAGAAAUAUAAGCCCACAUGGUAAGACAUAUAUAUGAUUAACUUAGUGCAUUUAAGAAUAUGAUACUCAUAGGUAAGGUUAGGGGGCAUGCAUCACAAAAAAAAAUCUGUAAAGGUUGGAUACGUUAAAAGAGCCUUCAGAUCAUUGAUUUAUCAUUUUCUUUUUAGUAGGCUGAAGUGGAGCACACACACAGUGCUUAAAGCACUAACACUAGCAUGCAUACA